AUGUCGCGAACCGGGGCUCCGAACAUCGAGGUAGAGGUGCUCAAGGGCCUCAGCCAGCCGUCCGCGCUCCACGACGAACUCGUGCGCUACAUCCUCUCCACCGUGGGCUGCAAGCUGCACAACGAGUCGACGCUGAGGCUCGUAUCGCACGCUGCGCAGAUGGCGCUCGAAAAGUUCAUCAAGGAUGCGAAGAAUAUGCAAAUGAUCAGCAAAUCAAUGACCGAGGGGAAGGUCGGCCUGCUGACCCUCGACGAGAUUCGCGAGCUCGACUACCAGAUCAUCGUGGAGACCAUGCAGAAGACGGAGCCAAAGGCAUACAACUACAGUGUGUUUCUAGAGCCGAACACGGAAUUCUGA